GUCCAAAUGGUGGGGACUCCAAUUCUUUAACGACAGAAAGGAAUAGAAUCAAUCACAAAUCCAACAGAGCUCUGUUACAAAGGUUAGAAAAAACAGUACUAACAUCCAUUUCUGUACAUGUACCUUUGACUGCCCACUACCCCAUCUCCCAAAAGCAGUUAGGAGUGAGGACAUAUCAAGAUUGAAGGAAAUGGAAGUGGUUCAAUUGCAGAGGAGCUUUGUUGAAUACAUGGACUCUUUGUUUCGUGAGGGAUUCUUGGAUGCUCAAUUUAGUCAGCUUCAGCAACUGCAAGAUGAUAGUAACCCUGAUUUUGUAGUUGAAGUUGUGUCUCUCUUCUUUGAAGAUUCAGAAAGACUUCUCAAUGAUCUCACCAUGGCUUUAGAUCAGCCCAAUGUGGACUUUAAGCAGGUUGAUGCUCAUGUUCAUCAGCUCAAAGGUAGCAGCUCCAGUGUUGGUGCUCAGCGAGUGAAGAAUUGCUGCAUCCCUUUCCGCAACUGCUGUGAAGAACAGAACACUGAAGCGAACUUCUGGUAAGGUGAGCCAAUCCAAUAAGUGCAGUGAUCGGUAAUUCGUACAUCGGUGUCCUACUGAUUGCUUUUGACCAAACCAAUCAUUUAAAGCUAUGCUGCUCGGACUCUUCAAAAUUAGUGCAUAUUUGAAGGAUCUGAUAUGGGUGAGGCAACAUUUUUGGAAAGUCCCAAAAACUUAGGUUAAAAGUCUCUUAGCCUGGUGUAUAGUGUGUCAAUCCGUUAGUUACUAGAGAUUGAGUAUACAUGUGCUCGAGUAAAUUUCAUGGGUGUUCAUCUCAUUUUGUAUAUUUUAUUCAAAAGUCACUUUUCUUUUUUUUGUUACACAAAAAUUGUUUAACUUUGUACCAUCUUUCAUAAAAGUAAUUUUGAUAUAAUUUGUUUAAAACCCUACCUAAAAUGUGAGAUGAAAUUAAAAAAAAAAUCUCUUGUAUUUGAGGGUAGAUUUAAAAUGACUCCUCAAAUAUACUUUUGAGAAGUUUUGAUACUUUAAGCUUACUAUAUGUGAGUACAUUUGAUUUUCUUCAAAUACUUAACAAACUCUAAUCGGAAACAAUCUCUAUACUUCUUCGAAGGUAGCGAUAUGGACUGCGUACAUCUUACCCCCAGACCCCACUUUGUGGGAAUAUACUGGGUCUGUUUUACUUAACAAACUCUAAUCAUUAAAUUUUAUUAAAUUUUGGAAAAAAAAAAUUAAUAUUGAGUCACAUUUAAAGGUUUAUUAUUUGUAAUUUUUUUGAUUUAUUAUAGGAUUUGAUGUAUCUUUCUAGAUUAAUUUAUUUAUUUAUAGAAUAAUUUCAUAGACUCCUUCACAAAUUUUGUUUUUGAAAGUUGAUCUUUCAUGUUACAUAUGAUAUCACACUUACUUUGAUUGUUUUGAUUUCGUUAUAAUAAUUCUUUUAAUCUUUUUAUCACUAUACAAAAUUGUAUACUUGAAAUUAAUUCUUUUAUGAAAUAAUUGAAAAUCAAGGAGUGAAAUGCUUUUGUAAAUUUUUAAAAUUUUCUUUAUCCCAUCAUUAUCAAAUUUCAACAAAUCUUUCAGCUCCGUCCUCAGCCUCUCCAAAAUAUCUAUCAUCCAAAAUUUUUUAUUUAAUAAGUAACAUUAUUUUAUUUUUUAUUUCUUUUACUAACUCUAUUUACUAAAAAUUAUUCCAGUUUACUUUGCAUAGUCAAUGUAUUGAAAAUAAAAUUCCUAAAAAUUAUUACAAAAUAAUUUGAAAAUCAUAUCUACUAGUAAAUAGUCUACUGAUAAUAUGAACAAAAUAAUAUGUAACAAAAGUAAAAAAAAAAAUAUCUAUAAAUUAAUCAAACAAAAUAGUAUAUCAGUAAAAGGGUAAGUAAAUGAAAAUGUAAUUAUUGCACAUUUAUGAUAAAUAGAUUUUAAUUUAUUUAUUUUUUAUUUAACCUUUUUUCAAUAUCGUUAAUUUAGUAGAUAGAGUUUGUCAAACAUAUGAAAAUAAAAUGAUUCAUUUUUAUUAGCAAUAUAGUGGAUCAAAACUGCUUAAAAGUAUAUGUGAGGGGUUAUUUUGAACCUCCUUUAAAUAUAAGAGAUAGAUUUUUAUUUCAUUUCAAAUUUUAGGUAGUGUUUUAAUCAAAUUAUAUCAAAAUGACUUUUGUAAAAGAUGAGGCAAAGUUAAAUGACUUUUGUGUAACAAAACAAAGAAAAGUGACUUUUGGAUAAAAAAUACAAAGUUGGAUGACCACCCGUGAAAUUUACUCAUAUGUGCUCCCAGUUUAACGCUAUGUUACAAAUACUUUCUUUGCGUGGUAUAUCUGAGUUUCAAUCGGCUAGGUGCUAGUAAUUGAGCAUAUCUGUGUUCACUGUGUACUUGGAAUCAUGAAUUGUCUUGUGUCAUUGAAGAUGCAAGUUAUUUUCUACUUCCGGUUGAUGGGUCUUUUAGGUGCUUGAGAUGCUUGCAA